AUGGCCGACGAACUGGAUUAUCUCUCCCCUGACUUCGACCUUAAUUCUCUGACAGUCCCGCGUCUACGGUCUAUCCUCGUCAGCCACGAUGUUCCCUAUCCCGCCUCCGCGAAGAAGGCGCAGCUCAUCCGCAUCUUAGAGGAGGAGGUCCUGCCACAGGCCAAGAAGCUUCUUCGAGAGCGAGACCGCGUUAAGAGAACUAGCGAUGGUAUCACCGACAUGCCGAGUCGUGCUGCCUCCAUUGUCAGCGACUUUGACGACCGGAAUCGGGAUUCCAUGCCUCCUCCGCCAACGCCAUCCACUGUUUCCACCGCGACUGGUACCCGGAGGGGCCGUUCUAAAGCCAGCGCGCGCGCGUCCACCGCAGACACCGAGGAAGCACGCGCUCCCGCCACACCGGCGACUUCAUCGAGACGGACCCCUGCGCGAUCGGAGGCGAGGCGAUCCCGCGUACCUGAUAUCGAGCCCCGUUACGAUGCCCCAACUACCCCAGCGAUGCCGGAUACAGUCACCCCACGAAAGUCGACGACCCGAAGACUACGCAGAAGUGAUAUGACGCCCUCCACUGAGCCGGAGCCCCCCGCUACUUCAGUUAAGGAGGAACCGCGGGACGAGAGCGUUUUCACCGAUGACAAUCCGUUUCAGAGCGGCAGUUCACCUGUCCCGUGGGAGGGCAGGGGUAGUGCGAAACGCAAGAGCUCGUCUCGAGUUUCGGCGGAGAGCCCUAUGUUUGGUCAGGGACUGCGGGCUAGGAAGUCUGAUGUCGGUAAUGUUGUCUCGACGAGGGCCUCGCUAGGGUCCCCGCUAUCUCAGUUGCGCACACCUAAAAAGGAAGAGUCGGCAUCGGAGGAGGAAGAUGACGAGAGUGAAAUUAGUGCUGGCGAGGAAUUUACUCCUGAUGAACAGUUGGCCUUGGAGCGGGAACAUGCAGAUUUGAUGUAUCCGCCUAAGACCCAAGGGCGUCGAGCGCGCAAACAAGGAACUGCGAGUCGCAUUGCUCCCUGGCUGGUCAUCCUGCUAUUGUUUGGUGGGUUUGGAGCCUGGUGGCGCAAGGAGAAGAUCGAGAUAGGAUUCUGUGGUAUUGGGAAACCGACCUGGUCCCUGGCGGAAACCAGGGUGCCAGAAUGGGCCAAUGUGCUCGAACCACAGUGUGAGCCUUGCCCACCACACGCCUUCUGCUACCCGAACUUCGAAGCUCUCUGUGAGCACGACUUCCUUCUGAAACCACAUCCGUUGUCCCUGGGCGGGCUUAUCCCCCUUCCACCCACAUGCGAACCAGACAGCGAAAAGGCACGCCGGGUCAAGGCCGUGGCUGACAAGGCAAUCGAAGAGCUUCGCGAUCGUCGCGCAAAGUGGGAAUGCGGUGAGCUCACGGAGGAUGGGAAGGAUGCGGAAGGGCCAGAGAUUAGCGAGCCCGACUUGAGACAAGAGGUCGGCAGGAAAAGGAGAAAAGGGAUGAGCGAUGCAGAGUUUGAUGAUUUGUGGAAGGGCGCUUUGGGAGAGAUUAUCGGAAGAGAGGAGGUCGUGAGCAAGACCAAACAACCUUCAUCUGUCCUCACCCUCACCUCUACAUCCAUCAGCCGCCUUCCCCUCACAUGCGCCUUCCGCCGCUACAUCCGACUCUCUCUCCUCGCGUAUCGACUCCCUCUUUCAGUUCUAGCGCUCUGCACAUGUGUCCUGAUCUACGCUCGCUCAAGAGUCCUUGCGCGCCGCGCCGAUCUGGCGCGAGUCCCAGAAUUGGUCGCUACCACGCUUGAUCGUCUUGCCACUCAGGCCGCCUUACAUGCUCGAGGAGACGCACGCGAACCAUACAUCCCGAUCGGUCAACUGCGCGACGACGUGCUUCGUUCUGAAUUGCGGGGCAGUCGCCGGGAGGAGCUUUGGAAGCGGGUUCGCCAGGUCGUCGAAGGGAAUGCUAACAUCCGGGCGGCAGUACGCGAGGGUCGUGGCGGAGAUGUAGCGCGUGUCUGGGAAUGGAUUGGGGGGAUCGGCAGCAUCCGAGGCGACCUCGAAGGAAGUAGUCGCAGUCCACAGGCACGGGUUAGUUACAGCGGGGAGUCGUCCACUCCUCUCGGUGAGCAACCUUCACAGCAAGUUGAGUCCGGUGCCCCAACCCAAACCCCCGAAGGGCCCCGGCGGUGGGACGAGGGCCGACCCAUCUAUUAA